CCCGCCCGCUCACCCGCCCGCCUCCAGCUGACAGCCCCCAACGCCACCGCCGCCGCCCUGCCCUCCCUUAGGCCCCCAACGCCCGACUUCAACACUAAAACCCCACGAUGUCCCUGAAACCAAGAGUGGUGGAUUUUGAUGAAACAUGGAACAAACUCUUAGCGACAGUCAAAGCUGUAGUCAUGUUGGAUUACGUCGAAAGAGCAACAUGGAAUGAUCGUUUCUCGGACAUCUAUGCUUUAUGUGUGGCCUAUCCAGAACCACUUGGGGAAAGGCUUUAUGCAGAGACUAAAGUUUUUUUGGAAAAUCAUGUUCGUCAUUUGCACGAGAAAGUUUUGGAGUCUGAAGAACAAGUUUUGGUGAUGUAUCACAGGUACUGGGAAGAAUAUAGCAAAGGGGCAGACUAUAUGGACUGUUUAUACAGGUAUCUCAAUACCCAAUUUAUUAAAAAAAACAAAUUGACAGAAGCUGACCUUCAGUAUGGCUAUGGUGGUGUAGAUACGAAUGAACCACUUAUGGAAAUUGGAGAGCUAGCCCUUGAUAUGUGGAGGAAAUUGAUGGUUGAACCACUCCAAGCCAUCCUCAUUCGAAUGCUCCUCCGAGAAAUAAAGAAUGAUCGCUGUGGAGAAGACCCAAAUCAGAAAGUAAUCCAUGGGGUUAUUAACUCCUUUGUUCAUGUUGAACAGUAUAAGAAAAAAUUCCCCCUAAAGUUUUAUCAGGAAAUUUUUGAGUGCCCUUUUCUGACUGAAACAGGGGAGUAUUACAAACAAGAAGCUUCAAAUUUGUUACAAGAAUCACACUGCUCUCAGUAUAUGGAAAAGGUACUAGGUAGAUUAAAAGAUGAAGAAAUGCGAUGUCGGAAGUACUUACACCCAAGUUCUUAUAGUAAAGUAAUUCAUGAAUGCCAGCAGCGCAUGGUGGCAGACCACUUACAGUUCUUACAUGCAGAAUGCCAUAACAUCAUCCGACAAGAGAAAAGAAAUGACAUGGCAAAUAUGUACACCUUACUUCGUGCUGUGUCAAGUGGUUUACCUCAUAUGAUUCAGGAACUUCAAAAUCAUAUCCAUGAUGAGGGCCUUAGAGCAACCAGCAAUCUUUCUCAGGAAAAUAUGCCAACUCAAUUUGUGGAAUCUGUUUUGGAGGUGCAUAGUAAAUUUGUUCAACUUAUCAACACUGUUUUGAAUGGGGAUCAGCACUUUAUGAGUGCCCUGGAUAAGGCUCUGACUUCAGUAGUAAACUAUAGAGAACCCAAGUCUAUUUGCAAAGCCCCUGAACUGCUGGCCAAAUACUGUGACAACCUGCUAAAGAAAUCAGCAAAAGGAAUGACAGAAAAUGAAGUGGAAGAUAAACUCACAAGCUUCAUUACUGUUUUCAAAUACAUUGAUGAUAAGGAUGUUUUUCAGAAGUUUUAUGCCAGAAUGUUGGCCAAACGUUUAAUUCAUGGUUUGUCGAUGUCUAUGGACUCAGAAGAAGCUAUGAUCAAUAAACUAAAGCAAGCGUGUGGUUAUGAGUUUACCAGCAAACUCCAUCGAAUGUAUACAGAUAUGAGUGUCAGUGCGGAUCUCAACAACAAAUUCAACAAUUUUAUCAAAAACCAGGAUACCACAAUAGAUUUGGGAAUUAGCUUUCAGAUAUAUGUCCUUCAGGCCGGGGCGUGGCCCCUCACUCAGGCUCCUUCGUCUACGUUUGCAAUCCCUCAGGAACUGGAAAAAAGUGUACAGAUGUUUGAAUUGUUUUACAGUCAGCAUUUCAGUGGAAGGAAGCUUACCUGGUUACAUUAUCUCUGUACAGGUGAAGUAAAAAUGAAUUAUUUGUGCAAACCGUAUGUAGCCAUGGUCACAACAUACCAAAUGGCCGUACUUCUGGCCUUUAACAACAGUGAAAACAUUAGCUACAAAGAGCUUCAAGACAGCACCCAAAUGAAUGAAAAGGAACUGACAAAAACAAUCAAAUCAUUACUUGAUGUGAAAAUGAUUAACCAUGAUUCAGAAAAGGAAGACAUAGAUGCCGAGUCAACUUUUUCAUUAAAUAUGAAUUUCAGCAGUAAAAGAACAAAAUUUAAAAUUACCACAUCAAUGCAGAAAGACACACCACAGGAAAUGGAACAGACCAGAAGUGCUGUUGAUGAGGACAGGAAAAUGUAUCUCCAAGCUGCUAUAGUCCGCAUCAUGAAAGCACGAAAAGUACUACGACACAAUGCUCUUAUUCAGGAGGUAAUUAGCCAGUCAAGAGCUAGAUUUAAUCCAAGUAUCAGCAUGAUUAAGAAGUGUAUUGAAGUUCUGAUAGACAAACAGUACAUUGAACGAAGCCAGGCGUCAGCAGACGAAUACAGUUACGUAGCAUGAUGUUGCCCCUCUACAGGUGUGGUCGCAAGGAGAUCAUUGCUGUCACUGUUUGGUGUGUUCCUGUGGGGAAGAAGCGGGCCUGUGCCUCCAUAAUUGGUCACUUGGCAGCCCCUGUUUUUCUGCUGUUUACAACAUCACCAGUGCCACGUCAUGAGCGUCAAUGAAAAUGCCUAUAGAUAUUUCAAGCUCAUGUCAUUAUGACAUUUCUUAAAACUUUACUAAAAGAAUGAGUGAAGUAUUGCUGAAAUGUGGAAAUUUGGUUGGGUACCAUGCUUCCCCCCCUUCCCCCCCUCACGUUUGCAGUUGAUGUGUUUUUUUUUUAAUGUAUCUUAAAGGACAUAAAGUAAAAAACCUAAAUAUUGUAAUAUGACAGAUAACCUAAUAAUUGUAUCUACAUUAAAAUGUAAAAAAUGACAAACAUGAUAUUGCUGCUUGUCAAAUAAAAACAAUAAAGAAAUGGAAUGCCUCUA